UAGAGGGCCAUUUCCUGAGCCAGCUCAGCAUUCUCUCCCUGACUGCUUGGCUGAAGACUAACAACUUUGGCCUUGGAGACUCUUCCUUUUUUCUGCCUCCAAGACCCACAGCCCCACUGCCCAAUGUUGCAUAGUUCAGCCACGUUUAUACCUUUGAUUGUCCAUGAGAACCAGAGUUUACAUUUACCUGGCUCAUUGGGCCAAGCAAGGUGCCUGGCAUAUAGAGGAAAAGCCUUUGGGCUGCUGAAGGCCCAGCAGGAAGAAAGACUCAAUGAAAUCAACCAGCAAUUCCUGGAUGAUCCCAAAUACAGCAGUGAUGAGGACCUGCCCUCCAAACUGGAAGCCUUUAAGAAGAAAUACAUGGAGUUUGACCUGAAUGAAGACGGAGGUAUCGAUAUCAUGUCCCUGAAGCGAAUGAUGGAGAAACUUGGGGUCCCCAAGACCCACCUGGAGCUAAAGAAAUUAAUCAUGGAGGUAUCCAGUGGCUCUGGGGAGACUUUCAGCUACUCUGACUUUCUCAAGAUGAUGUUGGGCAAGAGAUCUGCCAUUCUAAAAAUGAUUCUGAUGUAUGAAGAGAAAGCAAAAGAACAGGAGAAGCCAACGGGUCUCCCAGCCAAGAAAGCUAUCUCUGAGUUGCCCUGAUUUGUGGUGAGGGAGAUGUGGUGGGAUUGAAGGGGCUUCUAAUGACUCCAACAUAGAAAAAGAAGACAAAAUUGUGAACCAGAGCCAAACUAACUUAAAUAAAUUAUCCUCCUUCAGAUGAA